UGAAUUAAAAUUAUAUUUAGGCUUAACAAGACUUUAUUUUAUGAGCUGAAAAUGACAACACGUGAAAUUUCAAUAAUUACAAUAAAUACAAAUUAACUUAGGGCAGAAUGUCAUGGACCACGUGAUGACGGCAUUACGUCGUGGCGUAAAAGAAUCACUGAGUUGUGUUUGAACCGUUCGAAUGAACCGAAUCGCUGAAAUGAUCUAGACUUCCACGAUGCCAUGGAAACCCGACGCUUUCCUGGAUUGACCAUGUUAUGAAUGAUCUCGAGAAAAUAAGACACAGCAUGCCUCACAAAGCAGUUAAAGUGGUCGUUGAACUCCACCUGAGGGCGAUAACCUGUCCAGGGGUGCAUCUGCCAUCCAAAGAUGAUGUUUACAUCAGUGUGAGUCUAAUGAAUAAAUACAGGAAGUCGGAAUGUCUUCCUGCAGUGUUUCCAUUACUGAUCCGGGAGAAAAUCAGGUUUGAAAAGAUACUGAAUUAUGCCACCGAUCCUGCAGCAAUAGCUGAAUUCCUGCAGUUUGAAACAGUGAAAAUUGAACUCAUUCAGUUGAUUCCACCAGCCGGAGAAAUACUGGCCAGUUUUGAAGAAGAUGCUCGAAGUUUUCUUUUCCCAGAACCGAAGCUGGCCCCAUCUUUCUCUGGAGUAGAGAGAGCCGUAUUAAUGACACGGCAUCCCACUUUUCCUGGAAUCUCGCCAAGAUUAGAGUUCUCCACAAAGACAACCUUCAGUGAAAUCUCCAGUGAUAAUGACUUCCUGACUGUUCCUGUGAGGGCAAUGAUGAGAAAAACCUCCAAAAAGUCACAGAAACAGGGCAGCACCUCAUCCCACCAAAGACAUCUCUCUUUUGCUCCAUGCAGUCAAAGAGAAUAUCACGACAGAGAUCAGAGGUCACGUGGACGGUCCUCUUCCCAUUAUUCACCCGUCUCUGCCAGAAACUCCAGAUUAAGGAGUCUGUCACCGCACCAAUCAAAACAAUCAGGAGAAUCAAGAGACCCAAGAAGAAGCUAUUCCAGACCUUGGAUGGCUGAUGAAGACUCUUCAGACACAGAUGAUCUCCUCGACUAUGCAGAAGAAGUGGGCCGUCAUCAUUCCCUAAAGAGAUAUGAGGGAUCUCCCAGCCCAAGACACUCCAGCAUGGAUCGCCAGAGGAACAAUGGUUCUCUCUUGGGUUCUCCUGACCUGUGGGAGGAGGUUCAGGAACGGGUUCAGAACCUUUUAACAUCUCCCAAAGCAGUUCAUAGACUAGCCUGUGGUGCCACUGACUCUGAGAUAGACGAGGUAUUGUCACGCAGACCUGUUUUGGCCCACUCAUGCCCAUUCUAAACACCAGCGUGUGCUAUAAGGAAGUGAUGAAGCAGAGAACCGUGUGAUUUCCUGUGGCAUUGCAUCUUUUUCCAUUCAAUUAUGAGUGUGUUUGUAUUGCAGCUUUGAAAUGAAAUAAUAUAUUCCUGGUAUUUUUGAAGCUUGGUGGUUUUUAUUCCUGUUUCUGGAGGUUCCCAACAGUCCACACCUAAUUCAACUCAUGAGCUGCUGAAUAUAAACACUUGAAAUGUGUGUGUGCAUUGAGACAGAGAGCAAAACAGACUCUUCUGACACUUAAAAUGGUACAUGUGCUUAAUAUAACCCUCAUAACAAAAAAGGCUGGAUCCCUUGUUGGAGUCGUGUCGCAGCAAUAAAAUCUUCAAAAAUGACAAUUCAGCAGUGCUUUGAUCAUAUCCUUUCUUCUUCUUUUUUUGCAUUUUUAUGCAAAUGCUGCCCAUUCAUUAGCAAUUAAAUGGAAUAUGCUUUAGUUGAUUGUCAAGUUCGAAAGGCUUAUUCUGUUUGUAUCAGGGAGCCGCAGGUGUG